AAAAGCAUUUUUAUAGCCCACAGCGCUCUCGUUCUCAGUUCCUCCUCCGCGCGGCACCUCCGCUCUUCCUGUGUCGGUUAGACCCGGACGUUGGGGCUGGGAGCACGGAAGGUGAUGGCGGGGUCUCCGGAGUCUCUCUCGGGACAGGACGUGGGAUCAUUUGCAUAUAUUACAAUUAAGGACAGAACACCACAGUUCUUAACUAAGGUUAUUGAUACAUUGCAUCGACAUAAAAGUGAAUUUUUUGAGAAACAUGGAGAGGAAGGCACAGAAGCUGGAAAGAAAGCGAUUUCUCUUCUUUCUAAAUUACGGAAUGAAUUGCAAACAGAUAAGCCAAUUGUCCCUUUGGUGGAGAAGUUUGCUGACACUGACAUAUGGAAUCAGUACUUAGAGUACCAACAGGGUCUUAUGAAAGAAAGUGAUGGGAAACCCAGGUGGUUUUACUCCCCGUGGUUGUUCGUCGAGUGCUACAUGUAUCGGAGAAUUCACGAAGCCAUUAUCCAGAGCCCACCAAUUGAUGACUUUGAUGUAUUUCAAGAAUUAAAAGAACAAAAUUUCUUUGAGUCACAGGAAUCUAUCAUGACCUUAUGUACGUAUCUGCAAGAAUUGAUGAAAACUGUUGAACAACUAGGUGAAGAUCAGCUGAAAAAUGAGUUUUUUAAAUUUCUGCAGAUUUCUCUGUGGGGAAAUAAGUGUGAUCUCUCUCGGUCAGGCGGGGAAACUAGUUCUCAGAAGAACAAUUUAAUGAGUUCUCUUGAAGACCUGAAACCUUUCAUUUUAGUGAAUGACAUGGAACAUCUUUGGUCAUUGCUUGGCAGUUGCAAGAAAAGAGAAAAAUCAUCUGUUAGAGUGGAUAUUGUCCUGGAUAAUUCUGGGUUUGAACUUACUACAGAUUUAGUAUUAGCUAGCUUCUUAUUGUCCUCUAAACUGGCUACUGAGAUCCACUUUUAUGGAAAAAGGAUUCCAUGGUUUGUGUCUGAUACUACUGUACAUGAUUUUAAUUGGUUAAUUGACCAAGUAAAACAUUCUAACCAUAAGUGGGUGUCCAAGAGUGGGGUUGACUGGGAAAACUAUGUUAAAAUGGGCAGAUGGGUUUACCAUGACCAUAUAUUUUGGACUUUGCCUCAUGAGUACUGUACGAUGUCUCAGGUUGCUCCUGACUUAUAUGCAGAGCUACAGAAGUCAGAUUUAAUUUUAUUCAAGGGUGAUUUGAAUUACAGAAAGUUAGCAGGUGACAGAAAAUGGGCCUUUACCAUUCCAUUUCAUCAGGCUUUGAAUGGCUUCCACCCUGCUCCUCUUUGCAGCAUAAGAACAUUAAAAGCUGAGAUUCAGGUUGGUCUGCAGCCGGGACAAGGUGAAGAGCUUGCAGCCUCGGAGCCCAACUGGCUCACCAAUGGGAAUUAUGGAAUCUUCCAGUUUGAUGGUUCACUUUGAUUGGGUUUCCAAGCUCUCAGUUGUGUAGAAAGGUCUGAUAAUCACUUUUCAUCCCCAGACAAGCAGUGUGUGAGACUCCACUGCUCUGCGUUGGCUCUGGGAAGUUAGAUUCUUGGGGCUUAUUUCCGUACACACUGGAUGAUUUUGUUCCUUGAACGUUUAGCCCCACUCCAUUGUUUUGGGGAUUGGUGGCUUAAGUUAGUUAUAGAUAUUACAUUUAUGUUGGAAUUUUAGUAACUUAUUUCAAGAUAAAUAUAUAAUUUCAAUUGGUUUUGAUGAACUUAUUUUUAAUUGGGUAGAACGCAAAAUAUGAGUCAAUUCUGUUUUUAAAGUUAGUUAGCCCCCCCCCUUUCUUUUAAUGCUAUACUGCACGGUAUUUAAUAUUCUAGGAGGCAUAGAAUUUUAUUUAACUUGAUUUGGGGCUCCUGAAAUAAGAAUUCCAUGAAAGUACACAUUUUAAUAACUCUUUGCAAAGAGAGGCAUUUCUUACAAAUGUCAUGUUUGAACACAUGAAAGUAAAACUUACCUCUAAGUUAAUUCUAACUUCUGUUCUUCUUGACUUAUUUUCUUUUCAAAUAAUAGCUUGUUUUAUUUGCACGCAUUUGUAUUAUGUUUGGCCUGUGGAGUGGAUGGUGGGAAGCACAAAAUUGAAGAGAAUGGAGUAGGUGGUAUUUGGAGAAAUGGUUUGUCUUUUACCUUCUACUUAUGAUAUCCAAGGUCAACGGACGUACAUUCUCUUACAGCCUAAGUGUUUCAAAUGAGCAGACUUUUAGUUUGCACUACAAUUGUUAAAAAAUGCUUUAGCUAGAAAAGAUUCUUGUGCAGUGAAUUUGGAAUACUGCCAACAAAUGAGUUAAUUCAUUUUUUAUAUUUCUUAUUUGGGUCUUACACAUUUGUGAUCACCACAGCUACUAAAAGCUAUAAAUUUUAGCUCAAUUUAUUUUGAAGCCAAAAUUGGAAACAGACCUGGAAAUGUUUUCUUGUACUGGAAUAAAAUGAAUCGUACUGAAAAUCUCGUUUUUAUUUUCCAAUGAGAAAUGGGAAAAAUGGAAAGUUUAAAAUGGGGUCUAUAUGAGUUUAAAAUGAAACUCUACUGAGAAUGUGCAUUAUAGACAUUGCCAAAAGCAGUUUUUAAUAAUGCCACCUAUAAAUGAGUUUAUAAUCUGUGCUCUUGCUAAUUUUUUAAAUUUGUUUUUUGUUUUCUUGUAAAAUGUUUAUAUAAAACUGCACAUUUUGAAUUUACUGUGCAUUUGUUUACGUAUGUUCUUGUUUUAAACAUUAAGUUAUUAAAAUGCAUAUCAUAUUGGAAUUACUUGCAGACACUUGGUGUAGUUCAGGGCACACUUGUGUAUUUGUAUGGACUUCAUAGCCACAGUGUGAGCAAUUGUGCAAUAUAUAACAUUUUUCUAAAGCAUGGAAUACGUUUUCUAUUUUUACCAUGUGGUUUAUUUUUAUUAAGAACAUGAAAUUAUGGUGUAUGAAAAAGUGGCUUACCCCUCCUCACCCCCUACAAGAAAGAGAGCAGGGCAAGCAAACUAGAGAAAGAAAGAAAGUUCCUGUGGAAAAAGAAGCUAAUUCAAGAUGGAUUUUUAUUUAAAAAAUGUCUAGCAGGGAGGACCCGCCUGUAGUUUCACCAGUUGAUCUUUUUUUUUUUUAGAGCAGCUUUAUUGCAGAUAAAAUUCACAUACCAUACAAUUCACCCAUUUAAAGUGUACCUUUCACUGUUUUGGUAAAGUCAUAGGGUUGUCCAACCAUCACUGAAACCUAAUUUGAAAAUAUUUUUGUACCCCAUGAAAGAAACCCAUACCUAUUGGCAGUUAUUCCCCCCUGCUCUUAGCUCCUGGCAACUAUUAAUCUACUUUCUGUCUCUCUGUUUUAACCUGUCCUGGACGUUUCAUGUCAAUGGAAUCGAUCAUAUAAUACGUGGUUUUUUCUGACUGACUGCAAGGUUCACCAAUCGUAGUAUGUAUCAGUACUUCAUUCCUUUUUAUUGCGCAAUAAUGUACCGUUGUGUGGGUAUACUGCAUUUAAUUUCCAUUCAUCAGUUGACGGACAGACAUUUGGGUUGUUCCCACUUUUGACUAUGAUGGAUAGUGCUGCUUUGAAAAUUGCUGUACAAGUUAUUUGUGGUUGUAUGUUUUCACUUUUUUAGUGUAUGCCUAGGAAUGAAGGUGCUGGGCUGUAAGCUAUGUUUAACAUUUUGAAGAAUUGCCAAAUUUUCCAAAACACUUGCACCAUUUACAUUCCCACCAGCAGGAGAACUUCAGUUUCUCUACAUUCUCGGUAACACUUGUUAUUGGCCAUGUUUUUUAUUACAGCUAUCCCUGGUGGCAUAGUGGUUAAGAGCUAUAUCUGCUAACCAAAAUGUUGGCAGUUUGAAUCCACCAGGCGCUCCUUAGAAACCCUGUGGGGCAGUUCUACUCUAUUCUGUAGGGUCACACGAGUCGGAAUUGACUGGAUGGCAAUGGGUUUGGGUUUUUUUUGGUACUGGGCAUGAAUGGUAUCUCAUUGUGGUUUUGAUUUGCAUUUCUCUUAUGAUUAAUGAUGUUGAGCAUUUCACGUGCUUAUUGGGCAUUUGUAUAUCUUCCUUGGAAGAAUGUCUAUAUGAAUCCUUUGCUCAUUUUUAAAUUAGGUUAUUUGUCUUUUUAUUAUUGAGUUUAAGAGUCUUUAUAUAUUCUGGAUACAAGUCCUUUGUGACUUGCAAAUAUUUUCUUCCAUUCUGUAGAUUGUUCACUUUCUUGAUGGUAUUGUUAGCAGCACAAAAGUUUUUCUUUAUUUUGAUGAAGUCCGAUUUUUUUUUUUCUUUUGUUGAAAAACACUGCUUUUUGACCUGCUUAUAAUCCCCUUCAGGGCCUCUGAAGGAGGGACUGAGAAACCCACUAGGUAGGGCCCUGCAUUCAGCCCUCCCAGCAAUCCCUUCCCACAUACUAUACAAAGCAUAAUGGAGUUCAACCAAGUUUGAGCUUGAACUUGGGAAUUAUGAAGAUAUUUUCAGUUUUGCAAACUUAAUUCAUGUUUAGAAACUGCCAGUUUUAAAAUGAAAUGCUGAAUGGUCAAAUCUUUAAAUAUAACACAAGGUGUAACUUAUAAAACUGAUUAUUUCUCUUUUCAAAUCAAUAAAUGCUGUUAAUCACCCUGCGUAUAAUGAACUUUCUUAGGUUCUGUUGGGGUUUCAGAAAUGAGUAAGAUAAGGCCUUCCUUCUUCAGAGCUCACGGUUUACUGGGAGGGCUGAGCUUCCUAGUUAACACUGCAGGGUAGAAUAUGAUCAGUGCCAUGAUAGAAAUGCUAAACAAAAUAGGAAGGAAGAGGAGGGAGAGGUGAAUUCUGACCGGCCACUGUGGGGAAAUCCUGCAGAACGUAGCACUGCACUUAGGACUGUCAGUGUAUUUGGAACAUUGCAUUCCUGGGAGGAAGUUACAGCAGGAUGCAUGCUGGGAAUACGGAAAAAAUUGCUGAGUAAUAAUGAACAUGCGCCAGUCAUUUGAUCAAGGAAGGUGAUGGAAGAGAUCAGUGGAAAAUCAUGGUGAGAACGCUGAAUUUAGAACUUGAUAUCGCCGGUGUGGAACAGCUCAUAGAUCAAUGAAGAAAAGGAAUUGACAGUUCAGGACUUAAUGGAUUUUGGCAAGGAAAGAGAAUGACUAGGAAGGGGAGAAGCCAAAAAAUUCUACAGUGAAAGAAUUAGCUGGAGUUUUUUCUAAACUAAAUCAGAGGCUUCAGUUUCUUGAAAACGUGGGCCCAAAUUCUGAUCACUUUGCUAAAGUUGUUAGGCAAAUUCAGGAAGCAGUGAGAUGUUACCGAGAAAUAUGUGUAGGAAAAAAGGACCAUACAGACAGCUCUCACUAAUUUUCUGACUAGAAAUGCCAUCCCCAUUCCCAGGGGGUAACCCAGAUGAUCCAGAACCUUCUGCAGAUGGGGUCAUUACUGCAACUGACAAAAUGCCAAUAUCGUCCAGCUCUUUGUUGGAGUAAAUUUUCAUGAUUUGUGUAUUUUUUUAAUGUGUGUAUGUAUAAAAGUGUACCUGUAAGUGUAUGGAAACCAUGAUGGCCUACUGGUUAAGAGCUACGGCUGCAAACAAAAAGGUCGGCUGUUGGAAUCCACCACGCGCUCCUUGGAAACCCUAUGGGGCAGGUCUACUCUGUCCUUUAGGUUUGCUAUGAGUCGGAAUCAACUGGAUGGCAGUGGGUUUGUUUGUUUUUUGUAAGUUUGUGUAUAAUGUCUCCAACCCCCAAAGACAAAAAUCCAAUUUGUAAAGAAACUGAUAAAGGCAGUAGUAAUGAACACUGAAAAAAAAAAAGUAUUUGACUUACCUCAGAACCAACUUACAACACAGUUGCAACUUGAGGACCUAACGUUAAUUUUCUAAGAUAAAUCCUCCAAAAGCAGUUAUAAUGUCUUUCGACCUUUAGGGAAGUGAGCCUGAGCGCAAAGCUGACCCACUGAAAAUGGUAGAGUGAAGAAAUGUGCAAAAGCCUAUGAUGCUAUCUACGCUGAUGAAGCCGCGCCGGAACUUUCUAUGUGAGAGGAUUUAAUAAAUGUAUUUAGAUCCGUUCGAGCCAUGAUUUUCCGUUACUUGGCAUCGGAAUCAUCCUGAUUGAUAUGAUUAUGACCCCCACUUAGCAGUUGGAACAAUUGAGCCUUCCAUCUUGGGGAAGUUUCCCAAGAUCACUCAGCUCUUAAGUGGAAACCCUCCCACAUCUGUUUGACUCCAGAGCCUCAGCUCUACAAAAGAAAAUACACUCCAGCCCCCAAAAGCAAUGUCAACAUAGUUCAAAUUUUUUGCUUGAUUUCUAGAAAGCCCCAAGGUGAAUCCAAAACACAAUUCGGAGCUAUAUUUACUAAAACUCCCUUCCCCACCCAUUUUCCUAACAGCUUUCUCUGUACACACCCCCACUGAGCCUUGAUCCAGAAAUCUCUGUCCACAAACUUCCCUCCACACCCAGUGCCUCACAACUUUUGCUCUCCGUCUUUCCAGUCUCCUUUUUUUCCUCUUGAGGAGGCAGAGACUUGGAACAUGUCUACAUAUGAAUGUUUUAUUACCUGAAGUGCUAGUGUGAUGUCUGAAACGGUCAGCCUUAAGUGAUAUCUUAAAAUUGUAGAAAAUUAAUAAAACAGAUGAGAAAAACAACAGGAGAAAAAAAGCUAACAUAACUCUACCACCUCCAGUUACCCCUGUUAAGAUUUGGUGUGUACAUUUUAAAAU